AUGUUUCGUCUGAACGUUAUCGUCGGGUGCGUCCUCCGUGUAUCGUCGUGUAUCGUCGGGUGCGUCCUCCGUGUAGUGUUCAACGUUAUCGUCCCGUGUCUUCAGUAUUCCGGAUCGGUGGCGUUCAGCGUGUCCCGUGGUUUAGCGUCCAAAGGUCCAGCGCAGCAGUGUGGUGCUGCAAUCCAGUUAUCGACACUUUGUUCGCAGCGGUUGUCGCUGCAGUCGCCCAACUUAAUCCCGUCGCCUCAACGAAGCCUUGUAAACUUGUGUUAG